GGCAGAUGCCAACAUGGCAGCUGUUGGGUCUGGUGGUUCCACCGCGACGGCCGGGCCAGGGGCUGUCUCCGCAGGGGCGUUGGAGCCUGGGACCUCGAGUGCGGCUCACCGGCGCCUCAAAUACAUAUCCCUAGCCGUGCUGGUGGUCCAGAAUGCUUCCCUCAUCCUCAGCAUCCGCUACGCCCGCACAUUGCCUGGGGACCGCUUCUUUGCCACCACUGCUGUGGUCAUGGCUGAAGUGCUCAAAGGUCUCACCUGCCUGCUGCUGCUCUUCGCACAGAAGAGGGGUAACGUGAAGCACCUGGUUCUUUUCCUCCAUGAAGCUGUCCUGGUGCAGUACAUGGACACACUCAAGCUUGCAGUGCCCUCUCUCAUCUAUACCUUGCAGAAUAACCUCCAGUAUGUUGCCAUCUCCAACCUGCCAGCUGCCACUUUCCAGGUGACGUACCAGCUGAAGAUCCUGACCACAGCACUGUUCUCCGUGCUCAUGCUGAACCGCAGCCUCUCCCGGCUGCAAUGGGCCUCCCUGCUGCUCCUCUUCACUGGCGUCGCCAUUGUCCAGGCACAGCAAGCUGGCGGCGGGGGUCCACGGCCACUGGAUCAGAACCCUGGGGUGGGCCUAGCGGCUGUGGUGGCUUCCUGUCUCUCCUCAGGCUUUGCCGGUGUCUACUUUGAGAAGAUCCUCAAAGGCAGCUCAGGCUCCGUGUGGCUGCGCAACCUGCAGCUGGGCCUCUUUGGCACAGCCCUGGGCCUGGUGGGGCUCUGGUGGGCUGAGGGCACAGCCGUAGCCCACCGCGGAUUCUUUUUUGGGUAUACACCUGCCGUCUGGGGUGUGGUGCUCAACCAGGCCUUUGGUGGGCUCCUGGUGGCUGUUGUCGUCAAGUAUGCUGACAAUAUCCUCAAGGGCUUUGCCACCUCCUUGUCCAUUGUGCUGUCCACUGUUGCCUCCAUCCGCCUCUUUGGCUUCCAUGUGGACCCGUUGUUUGCCCUGGGCGCGGGGCUGGUCAUCGGUGCCGUCUACCUCUACAGCCUGCCCCGAGGUGCAGCCAAAGCCAUAGCUUCUGCCUCUGCCCCCACCUCCGGGCCCUGCACUCACCAGCAGCCUCCCGGGCAGCCACCGCCACCACAGCUGUCUUCCCACCACGGAGACCUCAGCACGGAGCCCUUUCUGCCAAAGUUGCUCACCAAGGUGAAGGGCUCCUAGCCGCUGGGACUGAAGACGCUGGCCUGGCCUCGCUCUCCCUUGUUGCCCUGGCCCAGCCAGGACCAAACUUUCUGAUCAGUAUUAGUGGUGGGGAGAGGCAGACAC